UUCAGUACACAAAUUUUCCUUGAGCAAAAAUGGGUUCCAAGACACUUCUUUUCUUUUGCAUUUCCAUGGCUGUAGUUCUAAUGAUUACCUCAGAGGUGGCUGCCAAGUCAGUUGACGAUUCCAAGACAGUUGAGACAAAUCAGGAAGAAGAAGCCAAGUACCAUGGAGGAUAUGGAGAUCACCAUGGAGGAGGUCAUGGAGGGCAUCCUGGUGGUGGAUACGGGGGCCAUCCAGGAGAAGGUAAUGGGGAUGGACAUGGAGGGCAUCAUGGUGGUGGCGGCCAUGGUGGACAUCCUGGUGAGGCCGCAGAUGCUGAGCCUCAGAACUAAUAAAGCCGGCUUCUAGCUAGGUCGUGAUUAAUCAUGAAUGCUUAAACAGGCUUGCUAUAAUAGUAUGUACUUUGUAAUGUGUGAUUCAAAUAAGUGUUGGAUCAGUAAUCAUGUAAUAUGCACUCCAUGUGUUUGCUGGCUAUCUAGUUCAAUAUAAGCAUAUGAGUUUGUGAUUU